GCUUAUCAACACAGUUAAACUCAGACCCAGUCUCUCCUCCUCGGAUGGGUACCAGGAAUAUGAUGAAGAUCAACAAUGUUGUCUUCACCUCUCUCUGUUUUCUCUUCCUUGUUCUUCUUCUUCUUCUUCUUCAAAACCCAACAAGGGUAUCUGCUAAAGAACCAAAACAAGCGAGCUCCCCACCUAGAGGUUGGAACUCGUAUGAUUCCUUUAGCUGGACCAUAUCCCAAGAAGAGUUCUUGCAAAAUGCUGAAAUCAUAUCUGAGCGGCUACUUCCCCAUAAAUAUGAGUAUGUUGUGGUGGAUUAUCUUUGGUAUCGGAGAAAGGUCAAAGGUGCUUACUCUGACUCUCUAGGAUUUGAUGUAAUUGAUGAAUGGGGGAGGAUGGCCCCGGACCCAAAGAGGUGGCCUUCCUCCGAAGGCGGGAAAGGGUUCGCUAAAGUAGCCAAGAAAGUGCAUAGGAUGGGUUUGAAGUUUGGGAUUCAUGUUAUGAGAGGAAUAAGUACACAGGCAGUGAAUGCAAACACCCCUAUCUUGGACAUAAACACGGGACGUGCUUAUGAAGAGUCUGGCCGAAAGUGGAAUGCAAAAGAUAUAGGGAUUAAGGAAAGGGCAUGUGCAUGGAUGCCGCACGGUUUCAUGAGUGUAGAUACCAAGUUGGGAGCAGGAAGAGCCUUCUUGAGGUCACUCUAUGAACAGUAUGCUGAGUGGGGUGUUGAUUUUGUGAAACACGACUGUGUGUUUGGAGAUGACUUAGAUAUAAAUGAAAUAACCUAUGUGUCAGAGGUUCUUAAGCAACUUGAUCGCCCCAUAUUGUAUUCACUGUCUCCUGGAACCGGUGUGACCCCAUCAAUGGCCAAGGAUGUGAGUGGACUAGUGAACAUGUACCGCAUUACUGGGGAUGAUUGGGAUACGUGGGCUGAUGUUGCGGCUCAUUUCAAUAUUACAAGGGACCUUUCUACCGCUAAUAUGAUAGGAGCUAAGGGCUUGAUGGGGAAGUCAUGGCCUGACUUGGAUAUGCUACCACUAGGAUGGCUUACUGAUCCAGGUUCAAAUGAAGGUCCACACAGAACAUCUAUGCUUCUUCCAGAUGAGCAAAGAACUCAGAUGACCUUGUGGUCUAUGGCUAAGUCUCCUCUCAUGUUUGGAGGAGAUGUGAGAAAGCUAGAUGGGGCUACAUACAACCUUUUAACAAAUCCUACUCUGUUAGAGAUAAAUUCUUUCAGCUUAAAUAAUAUGGAGUUUCCUUAUAUUACUAGUACAAAGAAUUUUAAGAGUCUUGACAGCCAAUCAGGAAGAUAUCUGACAGAUGUAAGUACAUCAGAUACACAUGUUUUGAGCCUCACAAGCUGCACAAAUUCAAAAGCAAUUGGGUGGUCUAUUAAAGCUCUGGACCAAGACCUUGAACAAAUCUGCUGGAAAGAACACUUAGGAAGCAAGCAUCAAAAGCCAUUUUGCCUAUACAAGAAAGAGCCUCAAUUUUCAUCAGAUGAAUGGAUAUCCCACAAACAACAAUAUCAAGGGAAACUCCAAUUAUUUGCAACUGAUAGAAUGGACUUUUGCUUGGGGGGUUCUCCAAAUCAAAAGCUUACUUCAAAAGAGCUAAAGAGUGGUGCAUUUGUACCUUGCAGAUGGCACACAAAUCAGAUGUGGGAGCUGAGCAUUAAUGGAACUUUGGCAAAUAGCUAUUCUGGUCUAUGUGCAACAGUAAACUCUAUCAAAGCUGAAGUCCGUCCUGGUGGAAUUCGUUCUUGGAUCGCAACUGGAAGAAAAGGAGAAAUAUAUGUUGCUUUUUUCAAUCUGAACCCUGCGAGGACAGUAAUAUCUGCAAAGAUAUCGGACAUGGCUAAGGUACUUCCUGGUAAAAACUUCAAUGGUAAUUCCUGUCAGUGCAAAGAAGUAUGGAGUGGAAAAGACAUUAGAGUUAGAAAGCAGACUAUAUCAAGGGGAGUAAAAGCCCGUGGCUGUGCUCUAUUUGUCCUGAAAUGUAAGUAGGCAGGAUUAAUUUAAACUAAGUUGUAUGGAGUCAUCUAUGCUGUACAACAUAUAACGAAGGCAAUAUGUAUAUGACAAAGUGCUGAGGCAAUGAUAAUUCUUUAACACUCCUA